AUGAUGGGAGCAGUAGAUGCUGUUGAUCUAUGGUCCAAGGUAGAUGUCACCCCACUCAUGGCACCAGUGUCCCAAAAGCUUCCAGGAAGACCCAAGAAGUAUGCCAGAAGGAAAGAAGCAGAUGAAAAUUUUUCCCAAAAGUCUUCUCACACACAGAAAAAGGAAGGUGAAAUUAGGUUAAGGAAAAAAGGGGCUAUCAUGAAAUGCAGUAGUUGUGGAGGUGCUAAUCAUAAUAUUAGAGAUUGUCCAAAUGCUAAAGAUAAAAGGGAAAGGGAAAUCCCAGCUGCACAUGAGAUUAGUGCCCCUAGUCAAGAAAAGGCCAUUCAAUGGAAUUGGAAAGGGAAAAAAACUUGUAGCAAAAAGAAGCUCCAAGACAAAUGUGGAAAGCAAUCCAACAACAAGUUCCUAGUUCAUUCAUUCAAGGCAUUGUAA